AUGCAAUUUGAUUAAUCUAAAACAAAUGAAAUCUAAUAAAAUCCAAAAUACAAGAUGUUAUUAUAAUGGGGUAUAGAAAAUGGAGUAUUAAUGAAGGGUGUACAUUUUCCAGCUUCAUUUGGAAAUGUCACUGGAGUAGUUGCCUCUGAAGACUUACCAUCAGAUACUGUAUUAUUAUUAAGUUUACAAAUUAAUAGGCAAUCAUUUGCAUACCUUAAUCAUUGAUAAUAUCACCUUAGAAAUGCAAGUAGAGUAUUCUUAAUACAGUUUACAACAAUCAUCCAGAAAUGUUUGAUGAGGAAGAAAAUAAUGAAGCAGAAUUUAAUAUUUUAAGUAUAAAUCUCUUUGUAUCUGAGCUUUUUAUAUGUUCAAUGAAAAGAAGAAAGGAGAAUUGUCAUUUUAUUACCCUUACAUUUAAGCAAUAUAAACUAACAAUACAUUAUUAGCUUGGUCUAAUGAUGAUUUAAAGAACAUUGAAGAUCCUAUUAUAUUAGAAGAAUUCUAAUUAAUCAAAUAAGAUUUCUUAGGAUUAUGGAGCAAAGCAAAAUUAAUCUUUGAUAAUGCUUAAGAUGUAUUUGGAGCUCCAAGAAUAACAGAUAAAAGUGAUUUUUACUGGGCAAUAGAAUGUGUUACAAGUAGAUGUUUUGGAUGGGCACUUAAAUCAACUUGUCUCAUUCCUAUAGCUGAUUUUCUUAACCAUUCAAAUCAAGCAUGUACACAUUAUAUGGUUCAUUAAGGAUUGGAAAAGGGAAAUGAUCUUAAAUCAGUAGUAUUUCAAUAACAAUACAUUAUAAAAAGAAAUUAAAUUAAUCUUAGUAUUUUAGGUAUUGAAGAUAGUAGAGAAUAAUAGAAAUGGGAAGAUUAGAAAAAUAAAUUUGUUAUAUAGAAUAAACAAUAUAUAAAAGAUUUGAGUAUAAUAUAAGAUUUGGAUAGAGUAUCAAUACAGGAAAAAAGAAAUAUAAUAAAUAUGAUUCAUUAAGAAUAGAUACUCUAAGAUAGUUAAAUGAAUAUAUGGGAUUUGAUUUCAAUUAAUUCAUCUGAUAGUGAGGAUAAUGAUUCUGAUGAAGAAGUUAAAAUGGCAAAGUAAUAACAAUUUGAGAUUUUAAAGAUUAAAGAAUUGGCAGAAUGGAAGAUUAGGGAAGAAUAAAAAAGAAUUGAGAAAUAAUUUUAAUAAAUAAAUUUGAAAAAUCAACCUAUUAUUACUGUCACUUUGAAUCCAGGUAUUUUAUAUAUAAACAAAGUUAGAAAAGAAAAAUAAAGUAAUAAUUAGAGGAUUACCAUAAUAUCAAAUUGAAGCUAUAAAAGUAAAAUAAUAAAUGAUAAAUGGGAGAUUAAGAAAGUAAUAAGAUGAAUCAACAUAAUCUAAAGAUAAUGAAAAAGAGAUAAGGGAAGAAUAAUAAUGGGAUUGGUUAGAUGAAUAUGAUAAAGAAGCAUACUUUUGUAUUACAACUACUGUACCAAUUAAGAAAUUUGAAUAAGUUACAGUCUCAUAUGGAAAUAGAUCAAAUAGAUUUUUGUUAUGUUGGUAUGGAUUUGCAUUACCAGAUAAUGUUUACAGUUCAUAUAAUUUUAGAGUAAUUAGAUGACUAAUUAAAGUUAUGGUUGAAUACUGAAAUCCUUGAAGAUUAAGAGAAGAGCAUAGAUUAGAUAUUGAAUACUAUAAUUAUUAAAAAGUUAAUACAUGAAGAAGAAUCAAUUAUAGACAAGAUUUAGUAUAAUGGUUAUGAAAUUCCUAUUUCAUCUUUAUCAAAGGAGUUUAGAAUAAAAAAGGAUAAGUUAAAUAUGGAUAUUAUAAGCUUUUUACGAUUAUUAUUAUAGUUAAAAUAUGGAAAUGAAAAAGAUUUGUUAAGUACAAUUCCUGUUUCAAUUGAUUAUGAGAUUUUAGUUAUGCAAUUUUACAAUUCAUUAUUAUAGUACUUAAUGAAUUCUUAUUCUUAAGAUUUGACUUAAGAUCUUAAGGAAUUAGAGUAGACAUUUGAAUAUCCAAAAAGAUUUGCUGUAUGAUCUAUGAUUAUUUAGAUCUAUAUAAAUAAAGAACGAAAAGAAAUAUUAAUAAAACAAAGUAUUAUAGUUACAGAAGCAAUCACAAUAUUAAAAAAAUUCAAAGAUACCUAAAAUUUGAGAGAUAGCUAUAUUUCCAAUCUUACAUCUUAAAGAAUUUCUAUAAUAAAAGGAUUAAAGGAAUAUCUUAAAUUAUUAAAUGAAUUUUUGUGA